AUGAUAUCGUGGGCGAUCGACGGUGCUAUACAGAUGGCUAUAGACACUGUUAAAGACACGAUAGAUCACGAACAUGAUCCUGCGUUCUGGGAACUAUAUGGUCCCCGGGCAGUAGAAAAUCUGACUUCAAUCCGUAACGCAUUCGAACAAAUUGCUCAUGGCCCGUGGACUAUCGAGGCCUCAUGCAACAUCGACGAUACAGAUCCAGCAUGCAGCGAUCCAUUCAUGUACGGAGGCAUUGGGGAUAUGAUACCGGAAGGACAAGCAGUGAAACGUGAUGAAAGCCAGACCUUCUCAGCGAAACUUACGUUUUGUCGAGAUUUCUUUACUUUGCCACCAUUAGACCACCGCAUCCAGCUGGGCGUCAGUAGCGAUGGUCCAUAUCUUGGCACUCGAUACGAUUUGGGGUAUUACCAUAACAACCAAGGCAAGUCGUUCAAAGGCCUCAACCGGCCGAUUCCGGACCUCUGGGUCCUUUUACGGCAGAUCGCUGGAGAUACAACGUGGUCAGCAUGUUACGGUAUAUAUUGUGCCAAGGUACUGGCUCGUCUCAACGAUCCUUCCAAUGACUGGGCGUCAGUAAAUGCGGACAACUACGCUCUAUGUGCACUUUCGAAUUAUGUCGCGCCGCGUAUUAGGGGUAACUUCACGUUUCUACCGGAGGUGAAGGAUUAUCUGAAUACAUCGAAAGCAUUUGCUGUGUCCCAAGGUGCAGCAAACGAUGCAUCAGCCGUCGUGUACGACCUCUACGGUAAACCUACAUUUUCUCAGACCUACUACAACGCAACUCGAUUACAGAGUUCCACUGGGACUUUCGAUCCCAAUAACAUUCUAGACAUCGAUCGGAAAGCAGACAUAUCCCACACUCCAUUCCUUAAAGAUAUAGACACCUAUCCUUCGACAUAUAGCAGCGAACUGGCUCGGUGGGAGAGCGAGUUCACUCCGGCAUUUCAAGACUCGCUCAUCGACAUCGAUGCAACGUACGACCGUACCUGUUUCGGCGACACUACCAGUUCACAUCCCGAAGCCAACUACUUUGACGGAUACGAAGCUCUCGAUUUUGCCAGAACCUUUUGCGAAGACAUCGUGGCUCACCGCGAAGAAGGAAAUGACCCGCCAUCAACUGUACGCGCUGCGCUAUGGACGAGGAACUUUACUAGACAGUACACACUGACGAAGGCUAAUCCUGAUAUGCAUUUAGGUUUCGCCGUGACUGGUGAUCCUGCUUCCUACAUCGAAUCUCGAAGCACAGACUGGCUAUUCGAGGGGCCUGACAUAUCCGCGAACGUUGACCACUGUGUUUUAACCUAUAAAGAUAUAAUCAGCCAUAGUGCGAUACCGACUCGACUAAAAGAAAAGGCGGCCCUCUCAAACUAA